AUGAAUAUACCGACAACAAUUAGUAAAAUAGGAGGGACAUGUUUUAAUGGAUGUAAAUUAUUGAAGAACAUCAAUAUAAAAAAUAUUCAAUUUAUUAGUGGAAAUAGAAUAUUUUUAAAUGAACCAAUUUUAUUGAGCAUUAGAACACCAGAAAAUAUAAAAGAGAUUAACAGAAAUGAAAUUAAACAAAGAGAUAUUAAUGAAUUUAUAAUACCAACAACAAUCACUAAAUUAACAGAUGAAUGUUUUAGUGGAUGUACUUCAUUACGCUCAUUUAACAUUCCUACAACAGUAAAUGAAUUAGGAAGUUAUUGUUUUUGUGGAUGUUCAUCAUUAACAUCAAUUAUUAUUCCAUCAACAGUUAGUAUAAUUGGAGAUGAAUGUUUUGAUGGAUGUUCAUCAUUAACAUCAGUUACUAAAACACUAAAAGAAUCGAAUGAAGAAAAUACAAAAUGUGUUUUAGUGUAA